UUAUCGAUUAUUAUUACUUUAGUAUCGUUAUAUUAUUAAUAACAAAUUUAUUAGUCUUCAAAUUUUUACUUAUUUAUCUCAAAAAAAUGUUAUUUCGAUUCUUUAUUUUAAAUUUUUGGAUUUUAAAUCAAAGUUUGAUGGUUUUCUGUAGUUCAAGUUUAGACCCACGUGAUUUUGUACAAUUUGUUAUUCAUGAUUUCAAUGUCAUUCUUAAACAGAAAACAUGGUCAAAUACGUUAUAUGGGUUCAAGGACAAUAAGGGCACGUGUCAUUAUUAUGAUAUGAGAGAAAUUUUCUCGGAAAUAAAUUUUGACAAUUUUCUUGAAAAAAUAUCAAUAAUAAACGAAUUAAUAAUUCUUAGAUACACUGAAAAUUUGAAAUUAUUUAGACAUUUAUUGAACAGUUUUAUUAAAUUAUGCUACAGAGAUAUGAUUUUCAAUGUACCACAAUUCAUUCGUUGCUCUAAUAUGUUGCAGGAAACAGUAAGUGCAUCAAGUAAAAUGUUUCUAAAAUAUUUAUAUGCCGCUGUUUUCAUAAAUGAUACCAAUGUUUAUAUACUUACGUAUUUUAAAAAACAUUUUAAAAGUUUUCUUAAUCAAAUAGAUCUAUUGUAUGAUCUGUCAUUAAAAGAACCUCUUGAAAUUAAAGAUAAAACUACUGCUGGGGCAGUAGCAAACUAUAUUAAAAAUACAUUUUAUCAUAUAUUAGACAAAAAAAUAAUCGAACUUGAACAAUUAAAUUAUUCCGUUAUAUAUGUUAAUACAUCAUCAGUUGAAGCAGUUAUAGGGAGAAGUAUAGACUUGGGAAAAGAUAUAUUAUUUAAAUCUGCUGAAGAACAUGCAAGUAUUUUUAAUUGGUUUUAUGAGCUAGCAAUUAAUGAUGGAUAUUAUAAGUUGGGCUUAAACGAAGUGAUCGUUAAUGAAACUAUAGGGUUCAUUCAGAUAGCUAUUAAGAAACAUCAUCCUCGUUACAAUGAAAAUCAAGAAACUUGAAGUUACAGGAUCCCGACCAAAUUUUAAUAAUACUAUUUAAAUUUAGACACGACUAUUGAUUUGAAUAAUAAACGUAAUUUUUUUUAUAAUAUGAAAAAAAAAUUGUUUUAAUUAAUUUAUUUAUUAUUUUAUUCUAUGUAGCUUAUAAUUUAAAAAAAUGCUUCACAUACAAACAAAUUUAUUUUUAUUGAUCCAAUGAAACUGCAAACAAUGUUUAUGACAGGAUUUGAAAAAACAAUUUGUUUAGUUUCAAACAGUUUUUAAUUGAUUUUUGUGUUUUUUUUGUUAUAAUAAAAAAAAUGUCUACU